GCAGUGACAGAGUCAUUGUCCCCCACUCUAUGCUAAGUGCAGGGGUGUCUUAUCGCUUCACCCUUACUGUGAAGAAGCCUGGAAAAAGUCCUGUCUCUGUGGCACAGAUGGUAUGGAUUGACUCUAACCAGACCCUGCCAGUGACUCUGGAGUGCCGUUCCUGCAGUGCUUUGUCAAGCUACAAGGUCAGCAGGAGCGUCCACGUCACACUGUCUGGACAGUGCAACAGCUGUGACAACAGAACACAGUAUGAAUGGAGAGCUCAGAGUUCCAAUGGCCAGAUUCUGACUUUGGACAACGUGACCACUUCCACGGGGGACUCCAAUCGUGAUCUGGUGAUUAGGCAGGGGAUUCUGCAGGAUGGAGUAAAUUACACUUUCACAGUGUUGGCCAUGCAGUUUGAUGGACAGCUACAGGGAUCGGCCAGCCUCACUCUCACUCCAAACAACCCACCCAGAGGAGGGGUCUGUAUUCUAAGACCAGAAAACAACAUCUAUAUCUUGGAGACACCCGUUAAAUUUCAGUGCAUGGGUUGGAUGGAUGAGGAUAACAGCCCUGUGCAGCUGAUCUAUACCCUGACUGCUGAAAUAUGCUCUCCUCCCAGCAACCAUUGCUGGCACUUCUGCCUGUAUCGGGGGAUCAAAUCGUCCUUUAGGACCUUCCUGCCAGCAAGCAGUCUCACCAAUCUCUCUAGCAUCAAUAUCCUAGUUGAGCUAGAGGACUCACAGGGAGCAAAGAUCCUGGCAUUAAACCAAACUUUGAUGCUCACCAUGCCUGAUCUUCCACCACAGUUUAAGUCAGUAACCAGUUGGCUGAAGGAAAAGAGCAGAUCAGAGCUGUGGGGUUUAAUCCAACAAGGCAACCCACAGGAAGUGAUGCCAUACUCCUUGGCUAUCAUAAGUCUACUCAAUAAAGAUUUGGGAAAUCAGGGUGAUACAAAGGAGCUACGGGACCGGAUCUCCAUCCGCAGCAAUGUCACUGCAGUCUUGGCCUCCCUGAAUGUCUCCAGUGUGAAGGAUGUUGAUCAGCUUAGUGCAGCAUUGCGAGCAUGUGUGGUAGGUCUCUUUUUGUACUCUCAGUGA